GCCCUAAUUUUCUGAGUCCAUCGGAAGUCGCUCAACCACGUGGUCCACAUUGCCGCACCCCGGACAUGGAGAAGUCGGCGGACGACCAGCUCUGCGAAGCGGCCGCCGCCGGCGACUGUACCCGGAUCGCCACUCUUCUAUCCUCCGGAGCAGACCCCACUUACUUCGACGCUUCCGGGAUGACCCCCCUAAUGCACGCCGCCCUGCAUGAUCACGCGGCCGCCUCCAGCAUCCUUCUCUCCGCAGGCGCCCCGUGGAACGCGCUCUCCCCUUCCAAGCUCUCAGCCGGCGACCUCGCCAUGGAGCACGGACACCAGGAGGCCUUCGACGUUCUCCUCAACGCCGGCAUACAGGCGGAGCUCGUCCUGGGGAGCGUCGCCCGCGCGGAGCGCAAAGGCGAGGGGGAUGGAUCGAGCUACCUGGAGGAGAGGGUGUCCUUUAGCGAGGACAAGGUGAUGGAUUCGGAGAGCAAGGCGGUGAUGAUGGACUGGGAGAGGCCGCUGAUGGAAGCGCACGCGAGGGCCGUCUGCGGCGGUGGCGGCGGAGGGAGAGUGCUCAAUGUGGGCUUCGGAAUGGGGCUCGUCGAUGAAGCGAUUCAGAGGUACGGGCCCGUGGAACACACUAUCGUGGAGGCGCAUCCGGAUGUUUAUGAGAGGAUGCUGCGAUGUGGAUGGGGAGAGAAGGAGAAUGUCAAGAUUGUUUUUGGCCGAUGGCAGGAUGUUCUUCCUCAGCUUGAAUCUUAUGAUGGAAUAUUUUUCGAUACUUAUGGAGAAUACUACGAGGACUUGAGGCAGUUUCACCAGCAUCUUCCUAAGCUAUUGAAACCUGAUGGUAUCUAUUCCUACUUCAAUGGUCUCUGUGGCGAUAAUGCAUUCUUCCAUGUGGUUUACUGUCAGUUAGUGGCAUUAGAACUUGGAAAUUUAGGCUAUUCAACACAGUUCAUUCCCUUGCCUGUUAAAGAUUGCUUGGCUGAGGAAGUAUGGGAGGGUGUGAGACGCAAAUACUGGCAGCUCGAUACGUAUUACCUUCCGGUUUGUCAACCAUCCGGUGACUCAGAGUAAUCACUUUGUGCCAUGCUUGACGCUGCAGUUGUGAAGUAGCUGAAAUAGGCUUUGUGAGGUGACGAAGAACAUGAAAGUUUUUGUUUUUUCUAUUGAUUUGGAAGGAUAAGUUAACUUCUACAAGGAUUCUUAUUCUCUCAAUUUGUUUUAUUGUUCAUAAAUCUUAUUUUGUUAUUUAAGAUUUAUUAUCCCAUGCAUUA